AUGGGCUAUGACCCUCACAAUGUUCCUGGCCCCUGCAAACAGCUCCACUAUGCACUCACCUCCACCACCAUCGUCCCCACCCCCGGCACCGGCCCCAUCAAGGGCGCCCCCGAGGGCCAGCUGCGGAAGGGCAGCCUGCGCGAGACGCUGCUGCUGAGCAUCCCCUCGUUCUUCGACCUGGUCGCGACCGUCCUCAUGAACAUCGGGCUGCUGUCCGUGACCGCGAGCGUGUACCAGAUGAUGCGCGGCGCGGAGAUGCUCUUCGCGGCGCUGUUCACCGUGGUGUUCCUGCACCGCCACCUGAACAAGUUCCACUACUUGGGCAUCACAUGCUGCGGGGUGGGCAUCGCCCUGGUGGGCAUGAGCAGCAUCUUCAGCGGCGAGGGCAGCAGCACGCACCCGGUGUCCACGCAGCAGAUGCUGGCGGGCAUGGGGCUCAUCGUGCUGUCACAGGCCGUCCAAGCCGCCCAACUGACAUUCGAGGACUUCUUUAUGGCUGACCUAGACAUGGACCCGAUGAAGAUCGUGGGUUUCGAGGGCGUGUUUGGCAGCAUCCUCAUGAUCUUCGUUAUGAUGCCCACGGCCUACUUCCUGCCCGGCGGCGAGGGCACGGGCCUGCAUGAGAACACGUUUGACACCUUUGCCAUGAUCAAGAACAGCGGGACGCUGCAGGCGGUGCUGCUGAUUGACAUGUUUGCGCUGCUGGCGUACAACAUAUCCGGCAUGAUGGUGACUGGCCACCUGGGCGCCGUGUUCCGCACCGUCCUGGAGACCAUGCGCACCCUCUUUGUCUGGAUCCUGGGGCUCAUCCUAUUCUACACGCCCCUGGGGAUGGGCCGCCUGGGGGAGAGCUGGACGGCAUGGUCACCCCUGCAGGCACUCGGGUUCGUCAUCUUGGUUGCCGGCACGCUGGUGUAUGGCAAGGGUGAUGAGGAGGCGGACGAUGCUGACGUCAUCGAGGGCGGCCUGGAGGGCACAGGAACCGCAGCCGCCGCCGACGAGGAAUCCGCCCCCCUCAUCGCCCCCAGCACCACCGCCGCCGCCGUAUCCCAGCCGAUCCCCGCGCGCGCGGCGCCGGUGAGCGUCCCCGUCGGCAUCCGCGCGGCGUCGCCGCACCACGGGUCGCUGCUGGCGAGCAGCAUUAGGGCGACGCAGACGAUCACGCACGGCAGCUACAGCCGCAGCGUGCCCCGCGGGUCUCUGGGGCGGCCGGGCCUGAUGGCGCGGGUCGCACGGGGCGGGGAGGACGAGGAGGAGUGA